CAAAGCGCAAAAGGGGAAGGAAAGGGGAAGCUAAGCCGAGGCGAGCCCAGGUAGGCGGCGGAGGCGGACUCCGCCGAGAUCGGCGGCGGGGAGGGGAUCAUGGCGGCGCAGAGGGAGAAGUCGGCGGCCGCGGCGUCUCCCUCGUCGGAGCCCGGCGCUCCGGCGGCGGUGGCGGCGUCGGGGGAGCGGUGGGGCGCGGCGAUCGGGAACCUCGGGGAGCUGGGCGCCAACGUGGACGCGCUGCAGAAGCUGCUGGCGCGGAAGGCCGUCUUCGUCGACGAGGACAUCUUCUCCAAGGCCUCGCUCGCCGCCGACCAGGCCCGCACCAUCAAGGUUCUUGACCAGAGGGUUCAGUCUCUGGAACGCGAACUCGAUGCUGCCAUUUCUGCUGCAGCUCGAGCUCGUACAGAGAAACGCCAGGCUGAAGCUGCCCAACGAGCCGCAGAGUUACGGGCACAGGAGGUCACAAAGGAGUUGGAGAACACUGCAAGAGUGUUUGAGCUACACAUGGAGGAGCUGCGGCUGAAGCAAGAGGAGAUUGCAAAGAAAGAUAGUGAUAUCAAGGUGUUAGAAGCAAUAAUACGAACCCUUAGUAGCAAAGAUGACACUCUUAGCAGCAGAGAUGACGAUGGAUCCAGCGAAUAAAUGCCAUACACUGGGAGCAGGCUAAUAUCAAGUAUCUCAACGUGUGUUUAUGAUCAUAUUUCUUUUUCUGGGUUUGAGCCCUUCUAUCACUCAGAUGGCUGUAAAUGGUAUUAACAAGAUUGAAAUUCAGAGAGGUAUCUGAUGGAACAUAUGCACCAAUUGGUUCCCUUGUUUAUAGCAAUAUACUAAUGAUAUGUUCACCGCCACUUUUGGACC